UCGCACCGAGUCACAGGACUGCUAACAGCCUUUCGUUCACGACGCGUUUUGCCUAGAGCCUCUUACCGCUUCAGCCUUUACGACUACCACCAAGAUGAAAUCUGUCCGUCUUGUCCUUCUCAUAGCAACCUUUGCCUACUCCGGUGUUGACGGCUACCGCCCCAAAAGUGCGUGUGGGAAGGCCCUCUACUAUAACUUGACCAGUAACUCCCAGGUUAAAGCCGUCAAAACCUGCGCCUCCGAUCCACUGGCAGAUGCCGCCGUGAAAGCCAUCGCAAGUUACGGCUGUGCGAAGUACGCCUUCCAGGAAGGCCCUCUCAAGUGCGAAGUUGGUGCAGCUCCCUUCAUGAAAUGUUUAGCGGGAAAACUUGGUUACUUGAAGGCUGAUGGGUCCAUCGACAACAUGAAGAUCUUAGCCCAGUACAGGAGAGACGCCACCAGAGACCCUGCCUGCAACGCUGCUCGGUACAACUUCGCUGAGAAUAAAUGUGGCACUACCAUUGACAACUAUGCUUUCCUGGCGAAGAUGGCAUGCCUCGCUGCAGCGGCAGACCAGUACCUUGGGUGAACUGCUCCUUAUUUUGUCAUCUGAUUGGAGGCUUCGAAGUGUUCACUAUAUAAAAGCUCUGAAACAACAGGUGCACAAUAAUAAUUAGGGGACCACUUUCUCCAGUCAAUGCAUCCACGUGAUGUAAAAAUUGUCUAAUUGGAAAUUUGUCCGGUGUCAAUUCACUUGACCUGAUAGAGAUUAAUUUGUGAAACAGUAA